AGUGAACAGGAUGCGCGCGCACCUCCAGUCUGGCGUCUCCGCAGCUGCCCUGCAAUGACGAGAUAAGCCUUAUCGUUUGUCUUUUUUCUCUUCUCGGGGAUUCCACGCGGUUGUCCACGAAGCCCACGGUCGUCUGUCCGCCUCCCAGGUGUCUGUCUGCCUCUCAGGUUUUCUAGAAGGAUCUAUGACACACCAUCAUCAUCAGUGCCUACAGAGACUUGGAACAUCCUAGAAUGAUCUAAUUGGAACACAUCAAAAGUGUUUAACUGGAACAUUCUGCAAAUAUCUAAUUGGAACAUCCUAGAAGAAUAUAAUUUGAACAUUCUGCAAGGAUCUCAUUGGAACAUUAUAGAAGGAUCUAAAUUGAACAUUCUGGAAGGAUCUAAUUGGAACAUUCUGUAAGGAUCUAAAUAGAACAUUCUGUAAGGAUCUAAUUGGAACAUUUUAUAAGGAUCGAAUUGGAACAUCGUAGAAGGAUCUUAGAACAUUCUGCAAGGAUAUAAUUGAAACAUCCAAGGAGGAUUUAAUUGGAACAUUCUGUAAGGAUCUAACUGGAUCAUUCUAUGAGGACUCAAUUGAAACACAUUAGAAGGAUUUCAUUGGAACACAUUAGAAGGGUCUCAAUGGAACAGAUUAGAAAGAUAUAAUUGAAACAUUCUAGGAGGAUCUCAUUGGAACAUUCUGGAAGGAUCACAUUGAAACGUUCUGCAAGGAUCUUCAUUGGAAUGUCCUGCAAGGAUCUAAUUCAAACAUUCUAGAAGGAACUAAUAGGACAAUUCUAGAAGAAUCUAAGUGGAACAUUCUGCAAUAAUCUAAUUGGAAAAUUCUAAAAUAAUCAAUUUGGAAAAUUCUGCAAGGAUCUCAGUGGAACAUUCUAGAAGGAUCUCAUUGGAACAUUCUAAAAUAAUCUAAUUGGAAUUUUCUAGAAGGAGUUCAUUGGAACAUUCCAGAAGGAUCUCUUUGGAACAUUCUGCAAGGGUCUCAGUGGAACAUUCUAGAAAGAUCUAAUUGGAACAUUCUAGAAGGAUCUCAUAAGAACACAGGUGCUUAUGAAGACUUGGAACCAUGGAAAGUUGUGCUGAUGUUUCUUCCAAACAUAAAGUCCAGUCUGAGGUGGAAGACACAGAAGUUUCUGGAAAAGAAGAACCGGUUUUGGAAACCAGUAAGCGUAAUGAGUCUUGUUCAGCCGAGAAAAGCAAAGAAGUUCUGCCGGAGGCGCCCGGACCCCCGGCAGUCCCGCUUCCAUCCGCCGACCCCCCAGGGGGUGUGUCCCUAAAGAUGGCCGCCACUCUCCUGCACCCCGUGUGCCUGAGCGAGAACCCUCUGAUGCUGCCCAUUCAGCUCCAGAUGGCUGCCGGGCCUCAGCUGGGUCCGAUGGGGGCGGCGCCGUACUUGCUGACGGGAACCAACCCGGUCUCUGUGCUUCUGGACCAGCAGGUGAUCCAGCACAUGAGUCCUGCCGUGAUCUCCCAGAACAACAUCUUGUGUCAGAAUCCGUUAUCUUUCAGCCUGCCUGCUGCUGUGGACCAGAAAUCGGCCGGGCCCACGCAGGACCCCAACCUUCUGUCCUUCCUUCAGAACCCAGCUUUCACUGCCAUCCUGCAGGACCUCUUUCCCCCUCAAACACCUUCAUCCACCUGCCACUCAUCAGGCUCCUCCUUCUUCCCCUUCCCUCCCCUCACACCCCCUUACUCCUCCCCUCUGGCCCCACUAGUGCCGCCGGCCACCCUUCUGGUUCCGUACCCGGUCAUCAUUCCUCUGCCUGUACCGCUGCCCAUCCCGCUGCCCGUUCCUGUCCCUCAGACCCCGGUGGACUCUAAAACCCACCUGCCCAAAGCCGUUUGCACGGAGAGUAAAAGCACUCAGACGCCCAGGGACUUCAACCCUCAACCCUCAAGCGGGCAGGUCCUGGACUUGUCCAUGCGAGCCUGUCCCGUAGAACCCAAACAGGAAUACUUUGGUCCGCAACAGCAGGACAGCGUUCUGGACUUGUCGGUACCUGCUGCCAGGAAGGCCGGCGGGUCCGCGGAGCGCGCCAACGCUGGUCUGGACUCAAGGCUGCUGGGGGGUCUGACCUCACUGGAGUUCAGCCGGCAGCACAAGUGGAUGGUGGACGGCGGCGCCGGCGGGUCCGCCUCUCUGGGCCAGGGCACGGCCAACCUGGAGAUGGUCGGCGCCUCCCAGACCGCCAAAGUCAUCGUCGCCGUCAAGGACGCCAUCCCCGCCAUCCUCUGCGGCAAGAUCAAGAGUCUCUCCGGCGUGUCCACCAAGAACUUCUCCAUCCAGCCCGACCAGCAGCUCUUUGGACCUCAGGGGGAAGCCGGCCGCCACCUGAAGAAGACCUCCAAGAACCGGGCCAUCAAGCUGAAGAAGGUCAGCUCGCAGGAGAUCCACUUCCUGCCCAUCAAGAAGCAAAGACUCGCCGCACUUUUCCCCAGGAAGUGAAAACUCUGUUAGCAUAUUAGCAUGCUAACUCAUCCUUUUUACCACCUGCAACACUUUUCUACACAAACUCUUCAUUUCAAGUAAGUGUGUGUGUGUGUGUGUGUGUGUGUGUGUGUGUGUGUGUGUGUGUGUGUGUGCGCGAUUCUCCCGUGCACUUUGUGGUAGUUUAGCUUAAGAAAAAUGAAGAAAAAAAGUUGACCGGGUGUUGAUGUGAAGAAGAAAUGAAAUCCUUCCGUGGUGUGAAUGAAAUAUUUAUUCAUUAUUAUUGUUAUUAUUAUUAUGUUUAUUAUUAGUACUAUUGUUAUAAUAUAAUUAUUAUUAUUGUUAUAAUUAUUGUUAUUAUUAUGAUUGUUAUUAUUAUUGCUAGCAUUAUAAUUAUUGUUAUUAUUAUUAUGAUGAUGACGAUGAUUAUUAUUAUUAUUAUUAUUGUUACUGUUAUUAUGAUUAUUCAUAUUAUUGUUUGGAUGAUGAUGAUUAUUAUGAUUAUUCAUCCUCAUAAUAAUCAUAAUAGUAACAACAAUAAUAAUAAUAAUCAUAAAAAUAAUAGUAAUAAUCCUGAUAAUAAUAAUAAGCAUCAUCAUAAUAGUAAUAAUAGAAAUAAUCAUAUAAUUAUGAUGAAUAUGAUAAUGAUGAUGUGUGGUACGUACUUGUAACAACUAAUUUAUUGUGAUGUCAAAUAUUUAUUUAUACACUAAAUGUUUUUGCUGACUUG